UCUUGCGGUUAGCUGGAGGCUGGGACGACUGUGGAACCUGCGGUGAGAGUGUGAGGGAGCGAAAGGUGAGACAAGCUGAAGGAGAGGACACACUGCAGGGCGCCCCCAGUCUAUGGAGAGGGGUAAAAUGGCGGAGGCGGAGAGCCUGGAGACAGCGGCAGAGCACGAGCGGAUCCUACGAGAGAUCGAGAGCACCGACACGGCCUGCAUCGGGCCCACGCUCAGGUCUGUUUAUGAUGGGGAGGAACAUGGACGAUUCAUGGAGAAGCUUGAAACUCGCAUCCGCAAUCAUGACCGAGAAAUAGAAAAAAUGUGCAACUUUCAUUACCAGGGCUUUGUGGAUUCUAUAACUGAACUGCUGAAAGUGAGAGGAGAAGCCCAGAAACUCAAAAAUCAAGUGACGGAUACUAAUAGAAAACUACAACAUGAGGGAAAGGAACUGGUAAUAGCAAUGGAAGAGCUGAAGCAGUGUCGACUACAACAGAGAAAUAUUUCUGCUACUGUUGAUAAAUUAAUGCUGUGUCUUCCAGUCUUAGAGAUGUACAGCAAACUGAGGGAUCAGAUGAAAACUAAAAGGCAUUAUCCUGCACUGAAAACGCUGGAACAUCUAGAACAUACCUAUCUGCCUCAAGUGAGCCACUAUCGAUUCUGCAAGGUGAUGGUGGACAACAUCCCCAAGCUUCGAGAAGAAAUUAAAGAUGUUUCUAUGUCUGAUCUCAAAGACUUUCUGGAGAGCAUCCGCAAACAUUCAGACAAAAUUGGAGAGACUGCCAUGAAGCAAGCCCAACAACAAAGAAACAUGGAUAACAUCGUCUUGCAACAACCCAGAAUAGGUAGCAAGAGAAAAUCUAAGAAAGAUGCAUAUACAAUCUUUGAUGCAGAGAUAGAAAGCACCAGCCCAAAGUCUGAACAGGAUUCAGGAAUUCUGGAUGUUGAAGAUGAGGAAGAUGAUGAAGAGGUACCUGGGGCCCAAGAGUUAGUGGAUUUCUCUCCUGUUUAUCGAUGUCUACACAUAUAUUCCGUGCUGGGUGCCCGAGAAACGUUUGAGAACUACUACCGAAAACAGAGGCGAAAACAGGCCCGUUUGGUGCUCCAGCCUCCAUCUAACAUGCAUGAAACUUUAGAUGGCUACAGGAAGUAUUUUAAUCAAAUUGUAGGCUUUUUUGUGGUUGAAGAUCACAUUUUACACACAACCCAGGGCUUAGUAAAUAGAGCCUACAUUGAUGAACUGUGGGAAAUGGCACUUUCAAAAACCAUCGCAGCACUCCGUACCCACUCGUCUUACUGCACUGAUCCAAACCUAGUGUUAGAUUUGAAGAAUCUCAUUGUGCUUUUUGCUGAUACACUUCAGGUGUAUGGUUUUCCUGUAAAUCAGCUUUUUGACAUGCUGUUAGAAAUCAGAGACCAGUAUAGCGAAACUCUGCUAAAAAAGUGGGCAAGUAUUUUCAGAAACAUACUUGAUUUGGACAACUACAGUCCCAUACCAGUAACAAGUGAAGAGAUGUAUAAAAAGGUAGUAGGACAAUUCCCAUUCCAAGAUAUAGAGCUGGAAAAGCAACCAUUUCCAAAAAAGUUUCCUUUCUCUGAAUUUGUGCCAAAAGUAUAUAACCAAAUUAAGGAAUUUAUCUACGCUUGUCUGAAGUUUUCAGAAGAUCUUCAUCUAAGCUCUACUGAAGUUGAUGACAUGAUUCGUAAAUCUACAAACCUGUUGCUAACCAGGACUCUGAGCAACUCUCUGCAGAAUGUCAUUAAAAGGAAAAAUAUUGGGCUUACUGAGCUUGUCCAGAUUAUUAUCAAUACAACACACUUGGAGAAAUCCUGUAAGUACUUGGAAGAAUUCAUCACCAAUAUCACCAAUGUGCUUCCAGAGACAGUGCAUACCACCAAGCUCUAUGGCACCACAACUUUUAAGGAUGCUAGGCAUGCAGCUGAAGAAGAGAUUUAUACCAACUUAAACCAGAAGAUUGACCAGUUUCUACAGCUGGCAGACUAUGACUGGACGACAGGAGAUUUGGACAACAAAGCUAGUGAUUACCUAGUAGACCUCAUUGCCUUUCUGCGUAGCACCUUUGCUGUAUUCACACACCUUCCUGGAAAGGUGGCCCAGACAGCGUGUAUGUCAGCUUGCAAGCACUUAGCCACAUCCUUGAUGCAACUUUUGCUGGAAGCUGAAGUAAGGCAGCUCACCUUGGGAGCUUUACAGCAGUUCAACUUGGAUGUCAGAGAAUGUGAACAGUUUGCCAGAUCCGGCCCGGUGCCUGGGUUCCAGGAGGACACGCUGCAGUUGGCCUUCAUCGACUUGAGACAACUUUUGGAUCUCUUCAUCCAGUGGGAUUGGUCAACCUACCUGGCUGAUUAUGGUCAGCCCAACUGCAAGUAUCUCCGGGUAAACCCAAUGACAGCUCUGACCCUGCUUGAAAAGAUGAAGGAUACUAGCCGCAAGAACAACAUGUUUGCACAGUUUCGGAAAAAUGAACGAGACAAGCAGAAAUUGAUUGACACUGUGGCCAAGCAGCUCCGAGGACUCAUCAGCAGCCACCACUCAUGAAGGCUGGUCCUGGGCCUACAUAGUCUGGGAUCCAGCCCUGGCUGGCCUAGCAUUUGUGCAUUCUUCUUCAAAAAGAAAAUAUGUAUUUUUUUAUUAACCCCUGUACAGUAUUCAUAUUACCUUUCCCUGUAGUAAAAGAGUCACAAAAAUAAGCAAGUACAUGAGAUGUUGCUAGGCUGGGACUCAGAGGAAGUUAUUACUACUCUAUCCGUAUUAUCCUAGAGAUAGUGGUAUCAUCAAUCCCAGUGUGAUGAGCCACCUUUCACCCAUGGUUCUAGAGCUUAGGUCUGGAGCUUAAGAACUACAUAAACAAAGUGGGUGCUUGGUGCUAGAAGGUAAGGUGAGUAAGUCAAAGGAUAAUAAGAUAUAUCCUGUUCACUCUUGGGUGUCCCGUUCACCACAUAGAUGAGGCUGAUUCUUAUUGACACAAGGAAAGGGCCUGGAAAACAUUACUAUUUAGUACACUAAAGGCCAGCACACAGUUCUGGAUGUUCAUUGUCCAGUUCGUUGUCCGCUGACUUUCAUUGGCUGGUGAACAAGGGUAACACGGGGCAAGAUGACAGCUUCACUCCAGUCCCCUAACAAUGGCAGUUUCUUUAGCCAAGAUCUUGCUCAAGGCUAUUAAUUGCUAAUUUUUCUGGGGUGGGAUAGAGCUGAAUAGGCAGCAGUAAUAAUUGGACUCACAUGAUUAACUGCAGGUUGCCCCCACACUAGGGUUGUUGGGUCUCAGCCUCAGGAGUUUUUGUGCAUCUUGAAAUCCAGUUUGAAUGGAAUCAGAGCUCCAGUCCCUUCCCCAUUCCUCUCAUUUCCUUCUUUCACAGUCAGAGCACUUGGUUCAGGGAAUAAGUCAACAGUUAUUUCCAUAGUUCCUCACAGAGAGUCUCAGACUUGGCCUCCUCCAGCAAUGUCAUUGGGAUAGGUCAGAUCUCACAAGCCUGAAAAUAGCCCUUACUUUACCCUUAGGAAAAAACUUGAGGAUUACCAGAUUCCUUCAUAUUUUAAAACCAGCUUUCUAGCCACCAUCUUUAAAGGAAUUGUCACCAGCUCUGCACUGAGGGGGCAGCCACAGCUGGACUGGAUUCCUCUAAGGAUGGAGUCAAUGUCACCAUGAAGUAGAAAAGGCCAACCAUGGCUAGUGGCUUGUUGCCUCUGGUCCAACUGUCCCUCACUACUUUAUAUUCUGAUUAUGAAGCUCUUUUUGCUCAAGUCCAAGGCAUUCAUCUUCUUUCAAGAUCCCAAAAGCCUUCUUUUGGCCUCAUCUGAGAAAAAUUGCCUAUAAUACUAUCCCUAAAACUUUGGAGCCUAGACCAGCUUCUCUUAGAAGCUGUGUCCAUUGUCCGAGAUAGACUCCUAAGACUUAAUAGGACUUUGCUAUGUGGCCCGUCAAAGGAACCUGCACUUUAAGACCUUCAGGAAGAUGCUCUUAUGGCUUCUGGCAAGAGUAUAAUUGUACAUCACCAAGCAAUGACAAAUAAGCUACACAGGAAUUUCCAGCUUGGAUUAGUGGGAGGAGAGACUCAUCAAAUAGAAUUCUUCACUACCUUUGUGAGCUACUGAGUUGCUUCUGGGGAGGACAGUGCUUCCUUUUUUGUUCCCUAACCCCUACCCUCACCACAUCCUAUCACAUCUUGAAAACCAUGUGGAAGAGAAUAUGCACACAGAUAUACAACCUUUCUCAGAGCUGGAGAGACCAGGCUACAUGUGAGAUCUGCAGAAACCUGUUGAGGCUCAUCCUGAGGGCUAGACAGUUGACCCAGGGUUUUAGGAUGAGGUUCAGAGGUAAGAACUGCCACAUGGAACUUAAUAAUAAGCCAAAGGAAGGCAGGGACCUGUGGAAAUUAGAUCCAAGAUGGCAUCUCCAAGCCUUGGAGUAUGUUGAAAAGAGUGAGAAAUGUUUCUACUAAUAUGAAGUCCUGUUGCUUGAGAAGGACCCAAAACCCAUCUAUCACUAGGACCCAGUUUGCAGCAAGAUCUCUUCAGCUUUGAGUGGUGAGGCUCUGAAGUGGGAAUGGAGAGAAGCUUAAGCAUAUCACAGUGUUUGUCUUUUUAGAAAGUCACCAUUGCUGAUCUGCUCUCAAACCUCUACCCUGGACGAACUGUGCUGUGGUGGAAUAGGGAUUACCCUGCACCUUCAAUACAGAAAUCUUGCUAAAGAAAAAGCUUAUUCAAGCUCAGAACUCAAAGGAUGGACCCUCUGGUGUACCUCCUCUUCCCUCGGCCUGCCUUCACUCUUCUAUAACAAAAAACAGCAUACUCCUACUGAGUUGUAUGUAGAGACAUAUGCUUAGUGGGCCAGGGAAGGUAAAAAUGGACCAGCAAUGUCAAAGUUUUUUGAAUUGGUGAAGUGGGAUGUUCUCAGUUUUGUUAUAUGCUUGUAGCUGGGUCAGUCCUUGAGAGCAUUUGUGCCCACACCCCCAGAUUCCUUCGAUAUGGCAUCAAAUACCUAGAGACAUAGAAGUGCCCCGGAGAGACUCAAUAAAAGGGCAAGAACAUAGGUAGCUGGAAGCUUGACUACCUUCUGGUCAGUAUGAACCUUUGGCCAAGUUCUUAGGGAAACCAGGUUUAUGUUCUUGAAGGGACAGUCUGGUUUGGGACCCUAGUGGGUUUCAGUAGUAUAAGGCAGCUUGCAUAGUUUACCAUUCAUAUGAAAAUCUCUUUUAGCAACCAAUAAAUGAAGCUGUUGGCGGUGGGGAAGAACAAGAACUGGAAACUGGAAUCAGCAGGAAGUCCCUGUCGGCAAAGGGAAUACACAGCUUCUGGGAAGAGUUCUGCAGUGUUUUUAUUGCAUACCAGGCCUAACAGUCUCCCAGUCCUCAAAGUCAGCCUAGCUUCACUGCACACUUGACAAGUGCUUGCUCAGCAGGUCCCAGAACCCAGGGUCCUUCAUCCCCCUAGAUUAGCAUCGGCCAUGACUUUCCUCAUCAGGCCUCUGAGCACACUCCCUGGGGCCUGCUGCAGAAAUCUCCCUGCCUUAGCCUCCCUUUCCCCAGGACUCUUCUCCUGAACCCUUUAAUUGCCUCUUUUUUUUUUUUUGUUUUUGUUUUUUUGUUCUGUUUUGCCUGCAUUUGCAAUUACUUUUCACUAAUAUGUUGGAAAUGGCCUUUUUAUUUUGCACAAAUCAUUGCACAUUUAUGAAGAAAAUUUAGUAAAGUCCGUUUUUAACUCUAAAGGGAACUUUUUUCUCUAAAACUGACUAGUAAAGCUACUGAUACAGAUGGGCCGUAUGGUUAGGGAAAAGCUCCUCUGUGGAAAGAGCAUGUUUACUCAUCUUGUACAUUUUCCUCUUUUAACUGCUAUUAAAAAAGAGAACCUACGUACCUGUU